CGAUAUGAGGGUGUUCAGAAGGUAUCUUCUCCUCCCAAACAGGUCCAUUCACAUUAAAAGAAACAAAUUGGAAGAAGAUUGAAAAUCAAAAACGAUUAUGAAGAGACGAAAAGAAGCAUUAAAGUUUAUGAUUUGAUGUUCUUUUCUAAAACUUCUAAUCACUCUAUUUUCUUUCCUAUGUUCACGCGAUCACUUUUGGGUCGUCUCUUGUUACAGCCAAACACGUAAUUAACUAUCACAUUGUCCAAAAUAUAAGCGGUUACAUGCACUGGAUCUCGAAACUUUGGUCAAAACCUUUUGUUAAGUGAUCCCGACUUUUUCCAUUGCUCCGUGAUAAACAUAGUAGUUCAAUCAGAUUUAAGGUUUCAUUUCUAACAACCGGAAACAAAGGGUUUCUGGCAGGUCGAUAAUUCAUUCUGAUUUGCGGCGUUUGGAUCAGGAUGUUAUCUUCUUCAUCAUCAUCAGGUAUGAAUUUUCCUGUGGACAAUAAUUCUUCAUCAUUAUCAGCGACAAAAGUAGCCAACAAUUCUGAUAUUUUAUCACAAAUUCUAUUAUGUCUACCUGUGAAAUCUCUAUUGAUCUUCAAAUCUGUAUCCAAAAAAUGGUUAUUUUUAAUUUCUGACCCAUAUUUCGCUAACAAUCAUUCUUGUCGGAAGACCAGCUUUAAAAUCCCUGGGUUGUUCAUAGAGAAACUAAGACGUCCUUCAGGUCCUCCUGAUGAUCCAGAAUUUGAAUUUCCUUUUAUCUUCCUUAACAAUGAUAAUGAUGAUGAUGCUACUACCGGUGGCGGAGGAGUCCCCCUAAAAACCCUAGAUUUUGUGGAAGUGCCUCCGCGAAAUUGGGAAGGUCCUAUUGCUGAAACUAGCUUAAGAAUAGAACAUUCUUGUAAUGGUCUAUUAUGUUGCACUAGGAUAACAUCUCAGAUGGCCAAGGAGCCGCGUAUCGUAAUCCACCACAUUUACAUUUACAAUCCAACCACAAAACGAUACAAAGCUCUUCCUCGAUCCCCCUUUAGAGAUGUCGUCAAAGAUUAUUGGAAUGGAGUUAAAAGUGUAUCUUUAGCUUUUGAUCCAAUCAAGUCUCCAGAUCACUAUCAGGUUAUCUGCAUCUGGGUAGAUAUAGGGAAGUUUGAAGAACAUGAUCUUUAUUAUAUCGAAAUAUACUCCUCUAAAACAAACUCAUGGAGGUUAUCUGCGGAGAGUCCUUUUUCAGCACGUCCUCUCAGUUCCUCUAGGGCGCCAGGUGUGUUAUGGAACUGUUUCCUUAGGCCAGGUGUGUUUUGGAAUGGUUGUUUGCAUUGGAUCUCGAUAUUCUCGACCAUGGAAGAUGAAGCGUCAGUGUAUUUUGAUAUUGAACAAGAUUUAGUAAAGCCGCUGCCGUUGCCAGCUGUGCCUAAUGAUGAUGUGUGGAAUUUUAAAUAUAUUGGAGAGUGUAGAAAUCAUUUGUAUCUUGUAGGGAUUAUUGGAUCAUGUCCUGAUAAUUACAGCAUCUUCGAAAUGGAGAAAGAUUACAGUGGGUGGAAUCUUAUAUACAAGCUCGACCUAGAAAGAAUUAUAAAUGCAUACCACCUAGACACGGUAACGCAUUAUAACAAUACCAUGGAUUAUUAUGUGUGGGUAAUGUUUCUUGGGGAAGCCGAAGAGAAAUCAUCAACAAAAUUGGUGCUGUUGAUAAACGCUACUCAACUUAUAUCCUAUGAUCUGAAAGAGAUGAGCUAUAGGGAGAUCUAUCAUUUCGAUCCAAAAACUCUCACCAUGACUCCAGGUUCAGGCUCACGGGGUUAUGUUCAUCAGUACAUACCGUCGCUUGCCUGUGUUUGAAUAUUUUCAUGGCCUCUCUCACUUGUUACACUUAACUAAAGUUAAUCUUCAACUUUAUAAUGUCAUGUUCAGCCCUUGUUUUGUGUCAUGCAAUCAGUUCUGCAAUGAACCGAAAAUAUAUCCAUUUAUGUUGUUUACUAUC